AUGGUCGCAGACACUACAUACUACGACGUCCUCGGCGUCAAGCCCGACGCGACAGAGCUGGAAAUCAAGAAGGCCUAUCGCAAACUCGCCAUCAUCACACACCCAGACAAGAACCCUGGCGACGACACCGCGCACGAGAAGUUUCAAGCCAUCGGCGAAGCCUACCAAGUUCUCAGCAAGGAAGACCUUCGCAAGCAGUACGACAAGUUCGGAAAGGAUCAGGCCCUCCCGUCAGAUGGCUUCGCCGACCCCGCCGAGUUCUUCGGCACUAUCUUCGGCGGUGAGGCGUUCGUGGAUCUGAUCGGCGAGAUCUCGCUCAUGAAGGACUUGACCAAGACGAUGGAUAUCACGAUGCACGAGGGCGCGGAGGAGGAAGAGGAAGAGUUCCCGGGCGAGGCGGAGGCGAAGAAAGCUAGUCUGGCGGAAGAGAAGGCGAAAGCGGCGGCGGCGGCCAGCGGUGGUCAGGGCUCUGCGUCGAAGGUACCGGCUCCUAGUGUCGCAGAGACGACGGAUGCGAAUCUCUCUACGGCCAGUACGGUGAUCCCUGAGGCGGCUUCGAAGCCUGGUGUGGGCCCGGCUGCGUCCGGGAGCUCGACCCCGCGCAGACCGCAGGGCAUUCCGAUCAGACAGGCGAUUAUGGAUAAGACGGAGGAGGACGCCCAGAUGUCUGCUGCGGGCUUGUCGGCGGAGGAGCAGGAGCUGAGGAAGAAGGAAAAGAAGAAGGGCGGGUUGUCCAAAGCACAGCGCGAGGAGCUUGCAGCCUAUGAGGCGGAGCGUGCCAAAGUGCGAAAGGAGCGGGUUGAGACCCUGGCCAAGAAGCUCAUCACUCGAAUCAGCAUCUGGACCGAGACAGACAAAGGGCCCGAUGUCACAAGAGCCUUCCAAGACAAGACCCGUCUGGAAGUCGAGAACUUGAAGAUGGAGUCUUUCGGCGUUGAUAUUCUACAUGCUAUUGGGACGACGUAUCUGCAAAAAGCCACCGCGCUGCUGAAAUCGCAAAAGCUGUUUGGCAUCCAAGGUUUCUUCUCGCGGAUAAAGGAUAAGGGCACGCUGGCCAAGGAGACGUGGAACACGAUCUCCAGUGCGAUCGAUGCGCAGAUGACGAUGGAGGAGAUGGCCAAGAUGGAGGAGAAGGGCGGCGAAGACUGGACUGACGAGAAGAAGAUCGAGUACGAGCGUCGGGUGACAGGCAAGAUUCUGAACGCUGCGUGGCGCGGCAGCAAGUUCGAGAUCCAGAGCGUGCUGCGGGAUGUCUGCGAUGCGAUCCUGAAUGACAAGAAUGUUCCGAUGGCGAAGAGACUGGAGCGCGCGCAGGCGUUGGUAAUCUCGGGGGAGAUUUAUCAGAAGGCCCAACGCAACCCUGAAGAAGAGGGCGACUACAUGGCCUUUGAGCAACUGGUCGCCGAAGCAGCCGCUAAGAAGGAGCACAAGAAAUCUACCAAGGCCAAGGACAAGAAGACGGAGGCGAAGGAGGGGGGACACCACCACCACCACCCUGCGGCGGAGGUGGCGGCCGACACGCCGAAUGUACCCAAGGCUUAG